AUUGAGUCACGUGUUAGGAAUGCCCCAAAACAAACGAAUUUUUUUCUAAAACAUCAUUAAAACAAAUUGUUUUAAUUUUUAAAGAGUCAGGAUCUAUAGUACAGAUGAUCCAGUAAAUAAAUAACGAAAUAAUCUGCUUACGUUGUACUAUGGACAAGAAAAAUAAUCAAGAAAUGGUGCAAAAAUAUUCAAUUCUUCAACUUAAAAGAACGAUAACCAGCUUUAGUUCAGAUAUAGAAAUCGGUUUAAAUCGAUUAAAGAAUCAUAUUGAAAAUCUGGAAGAGUUUUAUCACUCACAUGAUUUUAAAAAUGUAAAAAAAGAACAAAUUAAUACUCAGAGAUCAGUAAAUCAGUUGAAGGAUAUUAUACAACGAUUAAAAAUUUCUAGGAAACAUGUGCGCGAUGAGGAUCUUGAAGAGUUCGAUACCUUUUUUAAUAAAGCAACGCUAGAUUGUAAUAAUCAAUUGAAGGAAGUUUCCGAAAAAUCAUUGUUGUUUGCCGAUGGUGGUAGACGAUCAUCAAACGAAUCAUCUGAUCUCGACGAAUCAUUGAUAUCAAGUCAAGAGAACUCAACUCUACAAGAUUUGGCCACUGUUGACCAACAUCACCUUGAAAUAAUAAAGGAAAAUGAAAAACAGUGCCUUGAACUUGGAAAGAGCAUAAACGAAGUCCAGGAGAUAAUGGAGGCGUUUCAUGUAGCUAUAUCAGAUCAAAAAGCGAAAGUAGAUGGUAUAGAGGAAAACGUUGCAAGAACGGAAGAAAACGUAUCAGUUGGUAGAAGUUACUUAAAACAAGCUGUAAAAUAUAAAACUGCUGUAUAUCCUUUUUGUGGAGCAUUAAUUGGUGGAUGCGUCGGUGGUCCCGUCGGUCUUGUGGCCGGAUUGAAACUCGGGGCUGCAGCUGCCGUAGGAGGCGGGAUUGCUGGUAUGAUUUAA